GCCUGGUUUAAUGGAAAGACUUUCCUGUCAAGUCUUUCUUCUUCUCUUCAUCUCUUGUCCUGCUGCUUCUUUCUAUACUACAGCUGGAUGAUGGCGAACUCUGUUGUGGGACGGUUAUGGGAUUACAGAAACUCUCUGAUUGCCUUCCUGACUCCUCUGCUGCUCCUGCCUCUACCAAUUGUUGUCAACACUUCGGAGGCUAAAUGUGGCUAUGCGGUGCUCGUGAUGGCUGUGUACUGGUGUACAGAGUGUAUACCACUGGCAGCGACCGCUCUUCUCCCUGUUAUCUUCUUCCCUAUGAUGGGCAUCAUGAAGUCUGAACAGGUGUGUUUACAAUAUCUUGGUGAUGCUAACAUCAUGGGCGCUGGUGGGCUGAUGGUGGCCAUAGCUGUGGAGCACUGGAACCUUCACAAGCGUCUUGCCCUGGGCAUGCUUAUGAUAGUGGGGGCAAGGCCAGCACUGCUAAUGCUGGGGUUCAUGAUUGUUACAGCCUUCAUGUCCAUGUGGGUCACUAACGUAGCUGCCACAGCCAUGAUGCUGCCCAUCGUCCGCUCCAUGAUGGAGCACCUUAAAGAAGCAGAAGCUCAAGACCACAAUCUGCAGAGGAGCAGAGCCAGAGACACCAUACACAGCACUGACAGUACUGUGAACAAACUGAACACCUCAGCUGAAGAUCUCCUCAACGAUGAGCACAUGAAGCAGAUGCAUGAGGAGAAGUAUGUGAAACUCUCUAAAGGAAUGAGCCUGUGUGUGUGUUACGCUGGCAGCAUCGGAGGCACGUCCACCCUGACCAGUUCCAUCCCAAACCUCGUCCUGAAAGGCCAGAUUGACAAACUGUUUCCUCAGAAUGGAGACGUGAUCAACUACACCAGCUGGUUUCUAUUCUCCUUCCCCAACAUGGUGCUGAUGCUGGUCACCUCCUGGAUAUGGCUGCAGUUUAUGUACUUAGGGUUUAAUGUGAAAAACACGUUUGGCUGCAGAAAGACAAGCCGGAGUGAUAGGCAGGUGUGCCGGGUGAUGCAGAGUGAGUACAGGAAGUUGGGCAGGAUGAGCUUUGCUGAGUGGAACGUGUUGGUGCUCUUUCUGCUGCUCGUGUUGCUGUGGUUCACGCGGGAGCCCGGAUUCUCCACUGGCUGGGGCUCACUGAUAUUCAACCAGGAGAGAAAGUUUGUGACGGACGCUACAGUCUCCAUUUUGAUCUGCCUGCUGUUCUACAUCAUACCCUCUGAACUGGAGUUCUCGUGUUGUCAUUCUGGUUCUUUUAAUGUUAAUGGGAGGAGGAAAUGGAAGGCUCCUCCAAGUCUGCUGCAGUGGGACGUGGUGCAGAAAAAGAUGCCCUGGAACAUCAUGCUGCUGAUGGGAGGGUCCUUUGCACUGGCCAGAGGAUGUGAGGUAUCCGGACUCUCUUUGUUGUUUGCACAAACUCUGGAGCCUCUGAAGAACAUCCCCCCAGUUGCUCUCUGUUUCUUGCUCUGCUUUAUUAUGGCUAUGCUCACUGAAAUCUGCAACAAUGCAGUAGUGAGCACUGUUUUGCUGCCUGUAUUGGCGUCCAUGGCCGGUGCUGUUGAGCUGCACCCACUGUAUAUAAUGAUCCCCCCCACCAUCGCCUCUUCCUUUGCCUUCAUGCUGCCAGUUGCUACAGCCACCAAUGCCAUUGCGUUCUCGUAUGCCAACCUCAAGAUCAUGGACAUGGUAAAGCCAGGCUUAAUGCUGAAUCUGCUGGGGAUCCUCUGUGUUAACUUGGCUAUUCACACGUGGGGCACUGCCAUAUUCCAGCUGAAUGAGAUUCCCUCGUGGGCCAAUGUGACUAAUGCCACUACUGCUCCAACUGCUUUCUGA